UUAUUAUUAUUAUUAUUAUUCAACCCUGCUACAAUACUUUACUAUUUACUCCUCUACAUGUAUGUGCUCUGUAGUAAGUCAGCAGAGAGCAGAUAAAACUCGAGAUAUUGUUAUAAAGUGAAUAAAAACAACAACAUUAUUAUGACAUUUGAAAUAAACGUAGCUUUACUGCAGCUGGCUACAAUGUUACAAUGCUGGUAAUAAUGUUGCAUAGUGAGUACUUUGAUACUUAAAUUAAACUUUGUAGGACUUUUAAUUGUAAUUAUAAAUUGUGGUAUAAAUACUUUUUCAAGUGAAAUGUCUUCAUUCAAUCUGUCAACUUCAAAAGAGGCUCAACAUGACUUUCUUUCAUAUAAAUUAUCAUCAGAUUUGUAAGUUUAUGCAUAAAUAUAUUCACCUCCUUUCAUCUUUCAGCAACUUCUUUGAAUGUAUUUCUGAUUCUCGUAAUAUCAGGCAAGUUGAUCGUCUCCAUCUUCGUUUUGUAAAAGUACUUGUACAACAACACAAGUACUCUGGUCUGGGAUGCCAAAGUAUGUUAUCAAGAGCUCGUUUUAUUCUGAAAAAUGAAUCAUCACAUUAAUUCAUCCUGUCUAAUUCGUUCUUGAUUAUGUAUCAAUCUUUUUCUCAUAACUUUUUAAAAAUGUCAUGUUUAUUGUCUGCUGAUUUAGUGAAUUUAGUUAAUCGUGUUCGUUGUUUGUAGUCUUUUUUUUUGGGAGGUUGAGACAAUUUUAACAACUUUAUAUACAAGCUAAAUCUGAGGGGUCGUGAGAUGAUUAAUAUCGUAAUACAACAGAGAGUUCUGAUACACAAAUUGCUAUUAAUUCCUCCGACUUUUCUUUAAUCUUCGUUUUUUUGUUUGAAAUAUUGGAUAAUAUACAUCUGUGGUCCUCCAAAAAAAACAUCAUUUGAGAAGUUUAGAGGGGAAAUGACUCGUCGGUGAAACUGUUAAAACCUCAUCGACAUCUGAAGCACGUAUGAAUUGAAUAAGCUUAAAUUGUUUUAUGCUGUCAUAUAAGUGAAGGACAGUAAAAAGUACAAUAAUUCCCUCUGAAAUCUGUACGAGUAUAAAAUAGCAGAAAAUGGAAAUACUUAAAUAAAGAACAAGUCUCUUGAAAUUGUAGCAGCACAACACUUGAGUGAAUGUACUUUCCACCACAGCCUGCUCCUCUCAGAGUCCACUGUCAACCUCUGCACCUCAGCCUGUUUGUCUCACUACUUUCCCUCUUAUGUCUGCAGAAAAGCUCCGUGUUGUGCAUCGGAGAGGAACAGCCCAAAAACUGGUUCACUGAGCUGCAGGUGCUGAAAGGACAUUUUGACAUUGUUCGAUUUCUGGUGCAGAUUGAUGACUUCAGAUGUGCCUCAGCAGGCGAUGACGGCCUUGUGUUGGUGUGGAAUGUUGAGACCGGGGAGAGGCUGCAGGAGCUGAGGGGCCACUCCCAGCAAAUAACAGCCAUAACCACUUUCACCUGUAAUAACGGAGCCACAUCGCACACCUCGCUCCUCACAGCCUCGUCAGACCGAAGUCUCAGUCUGUGGGACCCUGAUACAGGCAACAGGGUUCAGACCAUUUCAGACCUUCAGUCUUCUGUAAAGUGUUUGCUGGUGCUGGAGCGGCUGUGUGUGUGGGUCUCCGGCGGUGAGGAGCUGUGUGUGUGGAACAAAGACUUCCAGCUGCAGUGUCAAACACAGAACCACAGCGACACCGGAAUAACUGCUUUGAUAGAGCUGCCCAAGAACUGCAUAGCUGCUGCUGUGGAUAAAGAGAUGGUGAUCUACAGGCUGACGGUCUCCACUGAUUCCUCCAUGUCGGUGGCUGAGAUCCGCCGUCUGUCCAACCAUCAGGACAGGAUUCGAGCUCUUAUCAACGUCAAUGACGGGCUCUUCGCCAGCGGCUCCCAUGCCGGCGAGUUGAUCUUAUGGGAUGCAAUUGAUUGGAACAUCCUGGGCUACGAGCACAUCCUGUGGGAGGAGUCACAAGCCUGCACUCAGGCCGAAAUACGACUGGCUGCUCCCAAACCCAGCGAGAUGUCAAUUCAGCAUCUGACCACCAACGGAAGGCACAUCCUUGCAGCUGUGGGCAGCGGCCUGUAUGUGUACAGCAUUCUGACCAAGACGGUGGUGGCCUACAGGAAGGUUGCCCAUGACUCUAAUGUCUUACACACCAUGCUGUUAUCUGAAAGCGAGCUGAUAUCGUGCUCUGAGGACGGCAGUGUGAGGAUGUGGGAGAUCCAAGACCUGCCUUUACCUGGUGAACCAGCCUCUCCAGGGUUCUUUGGAAUGUGGUCUUUCGGCCGGUCGAACAAACAGGCCGGUGUUCCGUCAAAGAAGGUCACGGACGUCCCAAACAUCCGGACGCUGGAGCUGACGGGUGAUCUGAUCGGCCACUCGGGGGCAGUCCAGAUGUUUGUGAGCUUCAGGGAGAACGGUUUGGUCACCUGCUCGACGGACCACCUGCUGAUUCUGUGGAAGAACGGAGAGAGGCAAUCGCACCUCCGCAGCCUGGCACUGUUCCACAAACUGGAGGAGAAUGGAGGACUCUGACCUUUAACCCUUUAAACAAGCAGAGGCGUGAAGCUGUCGGGUGACGUUGGUCUCAAAUCAGUUUCAUUGACUGUAAUGAUUGUUUGUUUGUGUUGCUUUUAAUAAUAAUGUAAUUGUUGUUGUUUGCCUUAUGACCGAAAGUAUUUAACUUAAAUUUAAAAAUAAAUAAAUCAGUAAAUACCUCACAUAAAAACACAUUGUUGUAAUAUUUUUAUAGCGUGUGAAGUCAGACAGUCAAAUGCUGAGCAGGUAUGUUAUUGGCUGCUAGGCAAGCGUUAGCUAGGCUGCCGGUUAGCUUAGCAUAGAGACUGUAAACAUGGGGAAACAGCUAGCUAUCAUCACAUCUACAACUCACUAAUUAAUAUCUUGUCACAUUCCUUCAGUAAAACCUCAAUGUAGGGCUGAAGGCAACCGACGAGUUCAAAGCUUCAUUAAUAACUCCGACAUUCAAAUUCUAAAUUAACAUUUAAAUACUGCUUCAAUCCACAUGUGGUUGUGUUGAGCCUUUCAUAAACCGUUACUGCUUUCUGCACACAGACAGAGGCAACACUGACAAGUUAAAUUCAUUAAAGAAAGUUUAUUUGAUAAAAACAAAAAAAAGACAAACUAAUUUAAUACAACGAAUCACUUUAUUCAAACUAAUGAUUUUGUUUAUUUGGGUGAUGACGUCGUUAAAAAAGACAUUCGUUGCAGCCCGACCCUCACUUGUAGUUUUCAUGUCUCCGGUUAAACAAAGAAUUCAUAAAGUUGUAAUUGGUGAGCUUCAGAGGGACAGAGCUCGCUGUCCAUCUCCUGGUUGUCGUCUUAUAUUUACCGGACAGACAUGAGAGCUGUUGAUCUUCUGAUCCAAUUCUUUAAUCAGAAAGAAAAUAAGUGUUUAUCCCAAAAUGUCAAACUACUCCUUGAACUUAGUCGCUGCCAUUCAGGUAACAACUUCAAUUACGGAGCGCUUUAAUCGUCUCUGACGGUACAUUUCUGUAUUUGACAAACAUUAAAAUAAGACCUCGUUUACCGGAGAGCAAACUCUUCAAACACUCUUGAUGGAAAUCUUUUCACAGGAUAUUCAUGUGGCAGUAAAAUCCCUCAAAACACACGUUACAGUUCUCAUGGCCGGUGAUUGUUUUUGUUCUUUGAAAAAUAAUUUGUACCGCAUACAACACUCUAAUUAUUGUUCUGUUUCAUAAAUGAUAGAAAAACAACACAGGAUUGGCACGCAGCCACGGCCGUCAGUGUCUGAGAGGAAGGAGGAGUCACUCAGUGAUGGAGGCUCAUCGUUACGUAACGAGCAGUUAUACAACGUGGCGGCGCCUCAGUCGACUCGCAGCGACCGGCUGUCAUCUGGUCUGAGUGAUGUCAUCACGCUCCACUGACGCUCACAGGAAACAAUGAAGGCGUGUGAAUCUGAAAUCAUUAAGUCUUCGUUGUCGACGAGCAAAACUAUCUCAUGAGCAGUGAUGACACAUUCAGGGGCGGAGCCACAUUUUCAAGUCACUUUUUUAAAAAAUAAUUUUGGAAAACAAGCAAAUUACGUAAAAUGCAAAGCAAAAAUGAUACAUUUGGUGAGUAUUUACAAGAACAGCAGGUACAUUAGGUAGUUCUUUACAGUGUAUUGCAACAAUAGCAGACCUAAACACUAACGUGACACGAUUAAGGCGUUGAUUAAGACCUUGGUCAUCAAUUAAAUGACUUCAUAUCGUUAUGAAUACGUUGAACGUGGACGCGACCGGUUCAGUCUCUUUUAAAGUGAAAUGAAACAACAACCGAUAAAAAGUGGAAUUCACAUCUGAUCCAACUUCCCCUGAUUCAGUUUCUCUCUUUAAAAAUCCUCGUAAUUAAAACAGAAAAGAUAAAAUGUCGUAACAGAACUAUUAACACCGACUCCCCAAG